UAUUUUUCUUCCUUUCAUUCUGAAGCCACAGUGUUUCAUGUAGUAUCACAAAUAUUUUCCAUCUAAUCUUUUUUUACUCGUUCUUUACUUCAACAGGAAUCUUGGCGCCAACAACAUUUCAACCAUCAAACAUGGUAUAUUCAUGGGGUUUAAGAAUUUAAAGACAUUGUAUCUUGGCGCCAACAACAUUUCAACCAUCAAACAUGGUAUAUUCAUGGGGCUUAAGAAUUUAAAGUCAUUAGAUCUGCAAAGUAACAACAUUGCAACAAUCAAAGAAGGGACCUUCACGAAGCUUUCGAAUUUAACAACAUUAUAUCUUCAGAACAAUAAAAUUUCGAGGAUUGAGAAAGUUAUGUUUCAAGACCUUCACAGCUUACAAUAUCUGUAUCUUGGCGCCAACAACAUUUCAACCAUCAAACAUGGUAUAUUCAUGGGGCUUAAGAAUUUAAAGACAUUGAAUCUUGGCGCCAACAGCAUUUCAACCAUCAAACAUGGUAUAUUCAUGGGGCUUAAGAAUUUAAAGACAAUGUAUCUUCAGGACAAUAAAAUUUCGAGGAUUGAGGAAGUUGUGUUUCAAGACCUUCGCAGCUUACAAGAUCUGUAUCUUGGCGCCAACAACAUUUCAACCAUCAAACAUGGUGUAUUCAUGGGGCUUAAGAAUUUAAAGUCAUUAGAUCUUAACGGCAACAAUAUUUCAACCAUGAAACAAGGAAUAUUCAACGGGCUUUCGAAUUUGACGACAUUAGAUCUUGGCCACAACAACAUUGCAACCAUCAAAGAAGGGACCUUCACGAAGCUUUCGAAUUUAACAACAUUGUAUCUUCAGGAGAAUAAAAUUUCGAGUAUUGAAGAAGAAAUGUUUCAAGACCUUCACAGCUUACAAUAUCUAAAUCUUGACGGCAACAAAAUUUCAACCAUGAAACAAGGUAUAUUCAACGGGCUUUCGAAGUUGACGACAAUGUAAGUUCGUUCAGUUUCUUGAUAAUAAUUUCUGAAAGUAAU